GAAUGCACGUGAUUCGCGGUGCGUUGCAGGACAGUUGUAUAAAAUGGGGCCCACGAGAGCAGACGAGGACUAAUGCUCCCAUAUGAGUUUGUUUUAACCGAGAAAUGUGGUUAGAUGUUGCAGGAAGGCACGACAAGUUUUUUGAAGCGUGAAAGCUUAAAGGGCGAGUGAGACGGACGGUGUCUUCCAGAGAAAACUUCCACACGGACUUGGCUUACUCAGUCCCCUAAAAAUGGAGACAGUCAGCGACAAUGUGCUCGACUACUCCCACAUGAACCUCAACACUUUCAGCGCGGAAUGGGUCAGCGACGGGAAGAAGAGGAACACCGCCCAGCUUUACCUACACUACAACCGGCUGAGUUCGCUGCCCUCGUCGGUCACCUCCUUCUCCAACCUCCAGCUGCUGGACGUCAGCAACAACGGACUGUCGACCCUAAACGAGGAUAUCACGCGGCUCCCCAGGCUUACGACGCUCAUAGCCAAGAACAACCACCUGGACGAGCUCUCUCUGCCCAAAGGCUUCGGCUCCAUGCAGCUGGAAGUGGUGAACUUCAGCGGGAAUCGCUUCGAGGAGAUCCCGCUCCAGUGCACCAAACUACGGCGGCUGCAGUCGCUGUCACUCGGCGGGAAUAGACUGAAAACUAUCCCCGCUGAGAUCGAAAAUCUUACGAGUUUGGAGAUUUUGUAUCUGGGUGGAAACUUCAUCACCAACAUUCCUCCAGAAGUUGCCAAUCUGCCUUACCUGAGCUACUUGGUGUUGUGUGACAACCGCAUCCAGAGUGUCCCACCACAGCUCACCAGGCUCCACUCGCUGCGCUCCCUCAGCCUCCACAACAACCUGCUCACUUACCUGCCCAGGGAGAUCCUCAGCCUGGUGCACUUGCAGGAGCUCAGUCUCCGCGGCAACCCGCUGGUGGUGCGCUUCGUCAAGGAGAUGACCUACGACCCCCCCUCGCUGCUGGAACUGGCGGGGCGCACCAUCAAGAGCAGGAAUAUGUCGUACUCGCCACGAGACCUUCCUUCCAACCUGCUGCACUACUUGGAACUGGCCAGCAAGUGUCCCAACCCCAAAUGUGCCGGCGUGUACUUCGACUCGUGCGUACGCCACAUAAAAUUUGUGGACUUCUGCGGCAAGUACCGGCUGCCCCUCAUGCACUACCUGUGCUCCCCGGAGUGCACCACGUCGCCGUGCAGCUCCAACCCUCAGAGCGACGCCGAGUCGGAGGAGGAGAACAGCGUGCCCGCCGACCGCCUGCAGAGGGUGCUGCUGGGCUAGCGGCUACAAGUGAACUCCUUUUUUUUUUUUUGUUUGUUUUU